AUGGAAACUGCUCGUGAGGGUUUAGAUAACUCUAGUGCCCAACCUCACUUACAAGAAAGGGUUGGAGAACGUUUUUCUAAUUCGAAUUUUCCUCGUACUAGUGGAUCUGAAGUGGAAAAUAACCAGGGUGCAAGAGCUGGGCCACAUCCUCAAAUGAGUCAUAGUACUCCUGCUGUUGAUCCUCGUUUUCAACAAAUGGCUGAUUUCUUUCGUCACAUGGCUAGAAGAAUGUCCGACCCUAAUGAAAUGAACUUUAAGAAAAUGAGAAAAAUGGGCGGAGUUGAGUUUGAAGGUACUGUUGAUCCUACGAAUGUCGAGCAGUGGUUGGAGUGCAUAGAAAGAGUAUUUGAGCAAUUAGAGUGUUUAGAAGCUGCCAAAUUUAAGUAUGUUGUCUCACUGUUACAAAAAAAUGCUUAUGACUGGUGGGUAAGUGUACCAAAUGCCAAGGAAAAACCUUCUGUUCUUACUUGGAAUGAUUUUGUGAAAGAAUUUCAUAUGAAGCUUUCUCGUUAUGCUAGUGGUAUUAUCAAUAAUGAAAAAGAUAAGUGUAGGCUAUUCGAAGACGGUUUGAAUGAUUCCAUCAGAAAAUCUGUGUCGGAAAGAAUCGAGAAGGAACAAGCUAGUAGAAUUGAAAACAAGUUCAGAAAAACUGAUGCAGAUUCACGAGGUCUAUUUAAAAGGGGAAGGUUUGACAACUCCAAAGCUGGUAGUGUUCACAGGAGAGCUUCUGGUACUUGUUUUGAAUGUGAGAGCUUCGAUCAAAAAGUGAAAGAUUGUCCUAAUCCUAACCCUACUUUUUCUCCACGUACGGAAGGUUCAUUUCAGAAACCUAUUACCACUCUUUCUCAACGGAAUAGAGGUGCAAGAUCUAGAAACACACAAGUAAUAAGUGUAGAUGGAGACAAUCAAGCUAGUGAGUCAAGAGCUACAGCACGAGCUUAUGCUAUGAGACAAAGGGAUGAUCAAGAUGGGGCGGACGUGGUUGUUGGUAAAUUUCACUUAUUUGGCUUAUGUGUUGUUAAAUUAUUCGAUCCUGGUUCUACAAAUUCCUAUGUUUGCUCAUCAUUGGUUUUUCCUAAAAAUGUGAAAUCUGUGGGACUUGAUUGUGGUGUGCUUGUCCAAAGUCCUUUGGGUCAACAGGUUGCUUGUAAUCAAAUCUAUCGAGGUUGUCCCUUGGUGAUUCAAAAUCUAGUCUUCCCUGCUGAUUUGAUUGAAAUGCCUUUCCAAGACUAUGAUGUCAUCAUCGAUAUGGAUUAG